AGCGGGUACCUGACAGUGUGUUUUCUGUCUGAUUUCCCAGGUAAGCGUAGUCUUUGUCUUCCUCCACAUUCCUCCUCCUCCUCCUCUCAGCUCCCUCUCUGGUUUUCACCUGACUGAAACAUGAACCUCUGAAACGGGAAACCUGUGGCAUCGCAACACGAGAGCUGAGGUCAGCCGCUCUGACAAAGACCUCAAUGUUCACAACAAACAACACAACACUCCGUGAUGGAGCACGCCCAGAGCUCAACAAAUUGGACUCGGACACCUUCCGUCCGGACACAGACGGAGAGAAGGUUCACAGAUGAGGUGGCAUUCGUCAUGGAUGUGCUUCUGCCAGAGGCGACAGUCCACGCCCUUGCAGCUGUACUCUCGGUUUCCCUUGAAAGAGCCAAGGAAACGUAUAAAUGUGGACCCGAGUAUGACUGGAGUGAGAUGGAACUUUGUUCUCAUUACCUCACCAAGAACAUGAGUGAGGAAGCGCACCAAAAGCUGAAGGACUCCAGUGAAAGAUUCUGAAGAGCUUUGGAUUCCGAGGAGUUUUUAAAUAGGCUUUAACCUCCUGCAGGUCAAUCCUGGCUGCUUACAUUUUUAUUUAAAAUCAUGUUGAUUUUACUGUUGGGAUCAAUUUAAAAGGUUAUUUUUUUUUUUAAGCAGACCAGCUUGAAUAGUGCCCCUCUGAUUUUCCACAUGAUGUUCUGUUCAAUAAAUGUUCAUUGAGGAAAACGGUAUCAGUGUCUUAUUGUAUAUUCAUCACAGUGAAUGCAGUGA